AUGGAUAUAAAGAGACAAAAGAAAGAAGUUAUAGUCGAAAAGGAAGGAGACGAUGGAGUAGAUAUAUUGCUCGAAAAGAUCGGCAAGAACAAAGAACUUCUUAAAGUAUUACAAACAAUCACAGAGAUUGAAGGCGAGAGGGAUUUCGAGACUAUUAGAAUAGACAAGGAUCAAUAUAAAAGCGCAAAGCCAUUGUAUGACAAGAGAAAACCACUUCUUACAAAGCUACCAAACUUUUGGUCUAAUGUUUUUAAGAAAUCAUUUCCAGAAUUUGAAGGAUCAGAUGAUAAACCAUUAUAUGAAUACCUUACAGAUUUUCUCGUUGAAGAGACUGAUAAAGAGUUUACAUUAAAGUUUACCUUUUCAAAGAACAAAUUUUUAUCAAAUCAAGAGGUUAUUGUGACCUGUCCAACUGCAACCACCAAGGAAGAGAUGCUUCAAGACCUCCCAGCAACAACCAAUGCAAAGGCAACACCUCUGACAGGGGAGGAUGAAGAUUCUUUUGACAUGUUUCUUCAAUUCCUCGAGCAACCAACACCCGAACAAUGUAUCAAUAUUGUUGGCGCAGUUUGGUCAACCCCACUCGAUAUUUUCCAAGCUGAAAUGCCAGUAGAAGAUGAUGAUGAUGAAGACGAUGAUGAAGAUGGCAAAAGUGUAGAAGUUGAAGAAGAGGCAAACGAAUAA